AUGGCUUACAACUCAUUUUCCUUUCCCCUACCCAUCCCCAUUCCCAUUCACAUGAACUUCAUUGUCAUGGCUGGCUUAACUAACACUUUGGCCCUCACUCUCUCCCAGCGACUUCUCACCAGUCUUCUUGCCCUUGAGCAUACAACCCUCAACGGCGACCCUAACCGACAUUAUCCAGGCUGCGUAAAUGUAUCAUUUGCCUAUGUUGAGGGCGAAUCGCUCCUCAUGGCUCUCAAGGACAUUGCCUUGUCAUCUGGCAGUGCCUGCACUUCCGCCUCUCUUGAACCUAGCUACGUACUUCGUGCACUCGGAAACAGUGACGAAAGCGCCCACAGCAGUAUCCGAUUUGGCAUUGGUCGAUUCACCACCGAAAGCGAGAUCGACUAUGUGAUCAAGGCAGUUAAGGAGAGAGUCACAUUCCUCCGUGAGCUCAGCCCACUGUGGGAGCUUGUGCAAGAGGGUGUCGACUUGAACACCAUUGAAUGGAGCCAACAUUGA